AUGCGGCUGCCUCACCGGUCUAUCAACAGUAUUCAACCACUUCCGAGUAUCUAUACAACUUUUCCAUCCAAUUACGAUAGCUCUCAGUCCACAGACACACCUGGAGUUAACUCUGGAACAUGCCUUCUCAAAAAGAUCGAGGAUGGAAUUGAGAUUGUUCCGUUCGAGAGGAGCAACAUUCUUUCCGCCCCCAUACUCAGCCCAGAUCAAAAUGAGAAAGAGGUUUUUGUGCCGUCAUGUAACGCGAUUGAUGCGCAUGAAAAGCCUCUGCCCAAUCUUCCAAGAUGCAUGUGGCAUCGAAUGUCUCGACAGCAACGCAUUUUGGCCCUGUUGGCGAUACAAUUCAUGAUGCUUCUUACGAUUGGGUUGAGUCUUUUAGCUAUAAAAGAUCAAUCUCCUAUCAGGGAUCGAAGCGCUGCUGUAUACACUGCGAGUGACGGCUCUCCAAGUGACAACUACACCAGCGGUAUUCGCCGUGGUAUUUUUGCGCUACCGAUUCAACUUCCACAACAACAGGAUUCGGCAUGCCUAGCAAGCGACAAUCAGUUGAAUCCAUGGAAGUGCGCAUCCAACUCAACCUUUCAACUCAGUGUACUCCCUGCCCCGGCAGGCAACGAAACUUCAACUAUGAUAGCGGUAGGGUCACCAUCCAACGACACCAGCGUUCGUCACGGCGAGGGCAUACCAAACAUCCCGCCCUUGGAAUUGUCAGUGGUUGCAGGUGCUAGGAACGAAGAUGGGUCUACCUAUCAUUUUCGAACUACCUACGACAAAGUCGUGUUGCUCGCCGAGGAUGAGUUCCCCGUCGAUGGGCAGUUACAAGCCCAUCCUUCGGCGCUGGGUGAUCCGUUCCAGCCUGGGAGUAACCUGUGGCAGUGCGUCUUCAACGAGACCCUGCUUGAAGGUUACAUAUACGUCACUAGAGUGACAAGCACUGCACCGGAUACCGCCAAAACUAAGACUGCAGGACUUUCGGACUUCCCUUACUCCGUGAGAUUAUUUGAAGAAUGGGCGCCAGGUGGCAAGACGCCUUAUUGUCAGAAGGUGACUAUGGGAUCGGACGGCACCCUGGCUCCACUCUCAGAAGAGAUAGCGUUGCGCCUAGAAGACUCUCAGGGUAAUCUUGCAGCCUCCAUGUCACGAUCCACAAAACGUACCGGAGAUCGAGAGCAACGACAAGAGGUGCGCGCAGAUCACUGUCAGUGUCAAUGGCUGGUUGAUGGGUAA